AUGUUCCGAAUCCGGACACGCUGUGUUUAUACUGGGCGCUUGCAGCUGGUGCUCUCCGUCAGUGCUCCUUAGGCGUUUGGUGUGUGUGUUGGUACUGGAUAAUCUUCCUUCUCACAUUCGUAGAUCAUCGUUAUACGUCAGAAUACAGGUAGCCAGACUGCCUGGCCCAAAGGAAACACUAGUACCACAUCCACCAACACCAUACAGCAGUGUCAGCGUCCUGAGGACAUGUUGAGAGGCGUUGUUGUCCUGCUGGCCCUGCAGGGUGCCCUGGCUCUCUCCCAGAUCAAGGGAAGAUAUCAUGAUUCACUUCCCUUCUCCACAUGUUCUUUUACACGGGUGGACUCAACUCAUCCUGCGACAUAUGUAACCCUGAAGGACAACCUGGUUUUUGCCCUACGACCCAGCACGUCCUUGAUGCACAUGAGGAUUAUGGCCCAGAACACACUCUAUAAGGCCACAGUGCAUGGCACCACGGUAAAACUGAACAGGUGUAGUAGUGAAGGUCAAGAAGAUAUCUGUUUCUCCCUUGAUGAAAAAGCCACUAAAGGCAAGGACCUCCUCACUCCCAAUCAGUGGAACUUUGUCACUGUCUCUUUAGCUGCUGAUCAGCUGAAAGUCGAUAUCAACAGCCAAGUAGAUGUGAUGGUGAUGACCAUGCCAGACAGCUCUGACGGACCCUACACCAGCAAGGUAUCAAUCAUGGCCCCAGAUCCAACGGCAAAGACACGCCUCAGUUACUCAGUUGACGUCAAUAUCAAGUGCAAUGAUACUUUUACGCCUGAGCUCCAGACUGUUAACCCAGAGCAAAACCCAGUUUCCACUACAAACGUCCCAAUCACCACGGUUAAAGUACCCAUCCCCGAACCACCCCACAAGAAUUGCCCUGUAUAUCAUGUUGAGCACGAGCAUUCCACGCCCAACUUCACCCUAAACGACGAACUUACAUUGUCUAUUUGGCCCAGCCACUCCAUGGUGUACUUGAGGAUCCUCAUUGACGACACCCUGUUCAAGGUUAAUGUAAAACAAAUGAUGAUGGAGCUGAUGCAGUGUUCAUCUGAUGGGGAAUCAUGUCGGACCAUUCAGCAUGAAGGUUCUAAGAGUCAAGACUUUCUUCAUCCCAAUACCUGGAACAUGAUCCAUAUCUCUCUGAAAAAUAAUAAGAUAACAGUGGACAUAAACAUGAGAGCAAAUGUGACAGGAAUAAACAUGCCAGCCAGUUCUGGGGGAACUAACAGCGGUGUGGUAUUCAUUGUUGCUGAUUUGAACCAGAAAAUAGCUGAACAGGCCUACUACCUCGCUUUAGUAAACAUCGCAUGUGAUGAUAUUUCCACUACUGAAGUACAAGAAGUCACUCCAAGUGUCCCUGUUACAGAUGUAGCCUCAGACAACCCACUUGUUUCACAAAAUUCUAUUACUGACUCGGCUACAGAGGAAAUAUCACAGCCAGUGGGUAUAAUUGUGGGUGUGUUGUUUGCCAUUCUUGCCGUCGUUGCUAUAGCUAUAGCAAUCUCCACCUACAAGAAGAAACGCUCAGUAAGCAUCAAUCAACAUACGCCUCUUAAUGACCAGCAGCAACAGAUAAAGGAAUAAGCCACUUGGAUGGUAUUUUUCAUUGAUAAGCAGCAAUACCAUUAGACCCUAUAUUUUGAAGAUAUUAUUUUUUUAACAACAGAAUCUAUUCUAUAGGGUUUUACAUUCUGCAGGCAACACUUAAUUGUUAAUUAAGUAAUAUAAUAUGAAAAAAAACAAUCAUUGCCAUUCACCUCUCAAUGCUAAGGGAUACUAUUUUAUCAUAAAUAACAGAAAUGCUAUUUGGUCCUUCAUGUAGAGGACUCCUGUCUGAUGAAUAAUAAAAUCAUUGAGUCUUACAAGAAGAGAGCAGUACAAUAUUAUCCAGAAACCAAGAGCAAAACCAGUAAGCCUUUCAUACAAAGAAGAAAGAACAUUAUCGAUACCCAGUAAACAACAGCAGCACUAAUAAGCCUUUUGUGUAAAGACAUAUUUCACAGGUUGAAUCCCUUUAAAGUUUAAACCAACAUCCUGUGGUCCGACAUGACUUGUGAUUGACUCUUGACAUUAGUUCGUGAAACCUGUGCUUUUAUUUAGGCAUAUUUUACUCUUUAAAAUGGCUUCAAAAUGACUAGCAAGUGAUGGAAGUGUUGGUCAUGCCAUGUAAGCCACACUAGUUUACAUAAAUUUCAGUAAUAUUCCACCCAUGUGAUGAGUGUUAGAGAAUAACAAUAAGGUCUAUGAAAUAUAUAAGCAUUUUCAUUGAAAAAAUAACUGCAUUACUUUAGCUUAUCAUUGUUACUACAGUGCAGUAGUUAUUUUUUUUAACAAACUUUUGCAUAUACAGUAUAUCAAAA